ACGUUUACGUGAGACCGCUGAGCACAACGCUUCCUACAUCGGACCUCCAUUUUUGUUCUUGUCACGGGAUUACAGCAUGCUCUUAUCAAAGAGAUAAUAACAUCGAUUUCAGUGUUUUGUGACGUGCGGUUCAGUAUUUCUACAUAAUGGGGCGAAAGAAGAAGAAGCAAAUGAAGCCGUGGUGCUGGUACUGUAAUCGAGACUUUGACGAUGAGAAAAUUCUCAUUCAGCAUCAAAAGGCAAAACAUUUUAAAUGCCACAUUUGCCACAAGAAGCUAUAUACCGGUCCCGGCUUGGCUAUUCACUGCAUGCAGGUACACAAAGAGACGAUUGACAGUGUACCGAACGCAAUUCCAGGAAGAACAGACAUCGAGUUGGAAAUCUAUGGCAUGGAGGGAAUUCCAGAGAAAGACAUGCAGGAGAGAAGACGAACGUUAGAACAGAAAUCACAAGAGAGUCAGAAGAAGAAGUCAAACAAUCAGGAUGACUCUGAUGACGACGACGAUGAUGAUGAGGCGGGACCAUCUGUCCAGCAUGUAGCUGCUGUCCAGUCCCAGGCCGGGUACGUUGCACCAAUGACCCAACCUGGAAUGCCCCCUGUGGCUGGCGUACCUGGGAUGCCUCCUGCAGGAUAUCAAGGAAUGCCUCCGAUGAUGCCAGGUGUUCCUCCCAUGAUGCACGGCAUGCCUCCUGCCAUGCCUGGAAUGCCACCAGCCAUGAUGCAGAUGGGAGGGAUGAUGCCUCCCAUGAUGCCAGGGAUGCCUGGAAUUCCUCCAGGAAUCCCCCCUCACAUGGCUCCAAGGCCGGGGAUGCCCCACAUCGCUCCUACCCCUGCAGCCGGACCAAUCCCCAGCCGACCUGCAGCACCAGUGGUGCAGCCUGCUGUCACAAAGCCCCUCUUCCCCAGCGCAGCGCAGAUGGGCUCUGGUGUUAACAGCAGCACUACAAGCGUUUCCUCUCCACCUGCAGACCAUCAGUCUGCCUCUUCCCAGCCUCCCUUUUCUAACAUGCCCCAAGCCCAGCAGAACCCUUCAGUCGCUGCAGCGUCAAACUCACUCAGCACUGCCUCGUCCUCUGAGCCUCACAAAGCAACUUUCCCCGCCUACACCCAGCCCUCUGUCUCCUCUUCCACUUCUUCUUCUUCUAAUCCCUCUAGCAGCACUGUGGCUAAACCCCCGGCCACAGUGACCAGUAAGCCUGCCACCCUCACCACCACGAGUGCAACUAGUAAGUUGAUCCACCCUGAUGAGGAUAUCUCACUGGAGGAGAUGAAGGCUCAGUUGCCGCGUUACCAGCGUCUCAUACCCAGGGCUGGUCAGGCCCACACUGCUGCUGCCCCUCCGGUGGCAGCUGGCAUAAUGCCCCCUCAGCAGGGUUUGCCACCACAGCAGCCUGGCAUGAGGCAUCCCAUGCAUGGUCAGUACGGUGCUCCUCCUCAGGGCAUGCCUGGCUACAUGCCUGGAGGGAUGCCUCCAUAUGGGCAAGGUCCUCCUAUGGUCCCCCCUUACCAAGGAGGCCCUCCCAUGGGUAUGAGGCCGCCUGUCAUGUCUCCAGCCGGACGCUACUGAAGAAGCAAAGCACCCACCACAUUAGGUUUGAGGUUAACACCUUUCUCUCAUCCUUGUGCUUUUUCAAACCUAGCUGCCAUGAGCAGUAAGCCUACAGUGGUGGCGAAGACAAACAUGGUCUGUUUAAACAAACAAACAAAAAAAAAACAACAACAAACAAACGCAUGGACAUUUUAUUGUAAUAUGUUUAUUAGAAAACAGCCAAACACCAUGAAUAUCUAACAGCUUUUUUGGUGUUACUUGAUCACAUGUGAGGAUAUUUUUUCCCAUAGGUUUCACUCAGGUUCAUAAAGGUGAAGUGUGUAAAAAUGAUUCGUAUUUCUUUUGAAGCUGCUGGAGUUACAUGAACAUACCAACCCCUUACAAAGGCAAGUUUCUUUUUAGAACAUUCGAUUUUUAUUUCUUCAGCAAAUUAGCUGGGGCCCUCACAGCAUGCACAGGUGCUGUUGGACAUUCGUCCCCAACCGUGGUUGGUGAGGGUCUCAUUGAUUUAAGAUGAUUCCAACAAAGUAAUGUUAAAAGUUCAUGACUCAUCAGUCUCUAGCUUUAUUCUUUUUUUCAGGUUUGUUUUAUUAUUAUUUCAUGGUCAUAUGCCUACUUGUAUGCAUCCUUUGUAAUGUUUUAUCAAUCUGUUGUAAUAAAAUCCAUCUUGAAAUCUAAUGCUGGUUUGUCCUGACGUACGUGGAGGUGAGUCACCAAGGUUUGUACUGGUGUUGUAUUUCUGCACAUCUAAUGGCUCUGCUGAACUGUAGGAUCUUAUCCAAGCAACAAAGUUUUCCAUUUUUUCAUCGUUUUAUGUUUGCUUUUAAUUUGGUUGUUUUCACCUCAUCCACCUCCCAUUGUUUUAAAUAGGAUGUUUACAUACAGCAUUGUCCAAAAGUGCUUUUUUUUUCAUGUUUUGUGAAUUUUUCUGCAUUUUGUCACAUUACAACAUACUCCAUUGAAUUUAAUAAGAUGGACCAACACAAAGUAACAAAUAAUAGUAAAGUGGAAAGAAAGUUAUACAUGAUUUUUCAGCUUUUUAAAAAUAUAUAUAUAUAUAUUCUUUGGAAAUGUAUUUUACAUUUGGAGACUAACAUUUUUGCCUUUCGUUGGAAAUCUAGCUAAAUGUCAAAGUGGAUGAAGAGGAUCUGAAAAGUUUUUUGAAAAGUUUCGCCACAGAUCCUCUAUUAAGAUUUGUGUCUGAAUUUUGGAUUAUUUAAACAUGGGUGCUAUGCGUUGCUGCAUAACACUGUAAGAAGAUCCUGGGUUUGAAUCUUGUCCAAGGGUUUUGUUGCAUGGAGUUUGCACCUUAUCCCAUGGAUUUCUGGGUUCUUAUACGGCACUGUGUUUAAAACAUGAAUGUUCAGGUAACUGAUUACUCUAAAUUGCCCAUAGGUAUGAAUUUGUGUGACUCUAACCAGAGUUUACCUUUUGUCAAACUACUACAGAAACUGGUCACUUAUUUGGGCCUUUUUGCAUGUGGGUCAAAAAGUUACUUGUUUUUUACCCCAUGUUUAACAGCACUUUGUUCAUGUUUGCUGUGUAAUCUCCCCAAAGCUUCGUUUUGACGAUGCCUUUCGUCUUGCUGCUUUUAGAAAAGUCCGUUUCCAGGAGAAAACAACUAGUAAUUCUCUUGAGAGAUGAUUUCCCACCAGAGCUUUGAAUUGCUGCAGCUCCUCCUGAGUUACCCUGGGCCUCUUGGUUGCUUUUCUGAUUAAUGAUUUUCCGCUUGCCCGACCUGUUGGCUUCUGAGGAAAGCAUCUCAGAUGAUGGAUUGCACAGAGAUCUGGCAGAUGUUAAAAGCUUGGGAUGUUUCAUAAACAGUCCGACUUUAUCUUAGUUGAUGAGUUAACAUUCGUUAACAAACUUCUGAGAAUUUCAGUGAAUAGCUGGAUUUUUAUUGAGAUUGAAUUAUCCCAAAGUGUAAUCCAGUUACAUUUUAGAUUAACUUUUGAAAGUGAUUGGUUGUACUAAUGCAAUAGCAUCUACAAUAACUGAAGAAUUUUGAUCGAGUUACAUUUAAUUUCCCUUUGGAAUCAAAAGUAUUUUUAAAAUUUUAAUUGAAGCUGUAUUUUGAAUUAUCACAGUAAAGAAGACUAAAGAUAAUUGAGAAGACAAUAGACCCUAUCCCUUUUUCUCUAUAAAUAUGUGCUACUUUGUGUUGGUUCAUUGCACAAGGGCUCAGAUCCGGUCCUCCAGAUCUACCUUCCUUGAAUUUUUAGCUGCCUUUCGCCUCCAACACACCUGACUGUGUUGGAGAUUUGAUUUGAUUCAGCUGUUUAAAAGCUGUGAUUCAUCUAAAAGUAGGCCUUGAGGAUUGGACUUGGGCCCUUGGUUUAUUGCCUAAUAUUUUAGUUAAAAUACACUAAAAUUUGUGGUAAUGUGGAAAAGUUCAAGUAGUGUGAAUACUUUUGGAAGGCUUUGUAAAAUAGAGUUAUGAUUUAAUGCACCCAGAUCAUUUGGACAUGGAGCCCACCAAGGAGGCUGGGUAAUUUGGUUCCAAAUACAAUACAUGAUCUAAUGGAAAGUAGUUUAAUUUUAUUCUACUAACUGAAUUUGCACAGCAGCACUCAAGCAUGCAUGAUUGCUACAGUGGUAGCAAUAUAAAACACACCCAACAAUACAGUAGGUCUGGGUUAAAGUCCAUUAUAAAAAUGUGGCAUAGACUUUCAGAAUACAAAAAUGCUGUUUUUAUGUUAAUUCUAUGUUCAGUUUUCAUUAGUUCUGUGGUCCUUCAUAUAUUCACUAGAUGACUUAUUUGAAUAUCGUCAGCAAAAGUUGCUUCGGCAGAAGGUAAAUUUCACAAGAUUAUCGCAGCAGAUGUAACCCAGAGAUCACAAUAAAUGCCACCACACAUCUAUAGAAGCGUCUCCCAGACUGAUCUUUGCCACAGUGCCUGUCUUUAUUGUUGGGUGGUUUUGUGUUUCAGCGCCUUUCAGUGUCUCAAAGUCGCCCGCUGUGUGCCAUUUUAUCCUGUGUUAACAUUAUUCUACAGAAAACGGCGAAGAACAACUAAGGCAACAGGAACGCCAGUUUGAGUAAUUCAAUAUUUUGAGGCAUUUUAGUGUUGAGCACAUUUUCCUCUGGCCAGAUCACUUACUGCUUUGUAUUUGUUUUUGUCUAGCCCAUCCAUAUGAGCUUUUCAGCCUUAAAACCCAGUCAGCUGGCAUGACAGGUCAGUUAAAUCCUGUAAGUACCUGAUGUUGAUUAUAGUGUGAGACGUUCCCAUACAGCUAGAUGCAAGGCUCUGUUUCAUCAAAGUGAUUUGUGAUAAUAUAAAGACAUCAAAAAUUUUUAUUUGAUGUAUUAAAAUCAUGAAGAAUGACACGGAAGUACACGCUUGCCCUCUGCUCUGAUGACAACUGGCACGGUAAGUAGGAAGAACAGCUGGGUACUUACUGAAACUUCAAAAGUACAUUUAGAAAUCCCCCCCCCAAUCCUCUGAGAACUGUACAUUAUUCAGGUUAAAGUCUAAAAUGAAAUGGAAAAAAUGGAUUUCUCCCUCUGUUACGUUUUGGAGUCUCUUGUAUGACCUGUGCGUCCUGUUUUUUUUAUUAUAAUAAUUUGUCCUUUUUCUUAGUGCAUGACAAUGGCUUUAUUGAAGUAUAAGUUUGACAUAUAGUGAAUAAAAUAAAACUUUUUAGUGUUUAGAUUAAUAUUAAAUUUUUAAUUUUGUUUUAAGAAAAUUGGCUUUCAGUACAACCUGUGCUACUGACCGAAAUGAGAAGUGCUUCAAUGCCGUGCCAAGACACCACUAGACGAAGAUCGUUGUUUUAUUAAUAUAUUUGAGGAUGAUGAGGUCAUAAGUACAACAUUUUUCAUUUAUUUUCUUCAGUGUUCAUCUGUUUUUCUUUUUUGUGUUUUUUUUUUUCUCUGUAAGUAUAUUUUCCCUGCAUGUAUAAACUAUCUUCUUGUCUGUUAAAAUAGAAUUUCAUUCUGUCCUGUAUAGAUCAGUUCUCUUUUUGGAACUACUGUGGUGUUUAAAUGAAAUGUGACAUAAUUGUGUAGUAUUCUGAUGCUCAAUAAAUGAAAAUACUUGCA